UUGUGUACCGAAGAUAUUGCUACAAGUCGCGCGAAAUAUCUUUCAGUUGUUUGGCAGUGCUUGAACGGCGCUUUUGAAAGUGAAUUGAAUUUCAGUCGCAGUUUUUUAUUCGGACUGUGUGGUGCUAGCCCUAGUGACGUAUUUCACAGCGAAGCGAGAUUUUUCGCUCAAGUUUGUUCGGUGACGUUUUCUGAAACGAGUUUUCUUGGAAUCGUGUUGAGGGUUUUGAAGUAUUUGAACAGUUUAGUGACUUAUUUUCUCCUCAGUGAGAGUUUGGAUUGUGUGGAGAUUUCUUCGAAUCGAGGGUUUUGAAAUAUUUGGACAGUAAAGUGACUUAUUUCUUUCUUAGCAAGAGUUGGAAUUGUGUGGAGCUAAUUGAAGAGAGUGUGGUAGUUUUUCCUUGGACCUGAGUACUUAGAAUUGGUGGCAAAUACACAGGGUAGACAGACUUAUCUCAGAUGGAUUGUAGAAAUGAAUGGAGUAUUGUGUAUAAUUUUAGACUAAAGUAAUUAGACGAAAAAUACUAAAUUACACGAAAAUUUUGAUUAUUUUCCAACACUCUGAAGUGUGACAGUGUUACGGACUCCACCAGAACUUUUGAAAGUAUUUUAAAUAGAAAUUGAGAAUUUUUAGAAGUUGUGGUGAAAUUUCAUGUUGUAAGACUUGUUUAGGAAUAUUUUGGGGAGAAUUCGAGAGUUUAGAAAGAUUGAACCGGUAUUUAGGAUACUUUCUUUAAAGCACUAUUGAUAAAAUUCAAAAAGUUUGAGUUUGGAGUACCAUUGGGGAAAUACUAAAAUUAUAAGGAGAUUAAAAUAAGUUUCGAGACAAUUUUUUGGAGCUGUGGUGAUUUUUGUCGGUGGAAAUCUGUGUGAAUCUAUGCUAGUGUUGGUGUGAUGGAUGCUUCUUCUCCGUUAAUGAUGGAUGGUGGUGGAUCUUCUGCUAUGCCGCCCAAGGCGUACUAUUUCGGUGAUGACGUCAUGGAUUUCGGUGGUGACGUCAGAGGGUUCAAUGAUGACGUCAGAGAUUUCGAUGAUUUUCAGAGACACAUGUUCAGUGAUGACGAUGACCUGCCUCCUUCAACACGUGGCCGCAGCUCAGAUCUGAGAUCGCAUCUGGAGGAUUUGGCCAACCGGCACCCGGAAUUCGCCGACCACCUGCGUUCGCCACCGGGCUGGGUGUCCGAUUUGCGAGGCGGAAAGUGGAGUGGGGGUGCACGCAGCUCGUCACGUGAUCGACCCUUCUUUGAAGGUCAAGCUCAAGCAGCUGACACGUCGUCCCAAGGUCACGAGGAGCCGUCACAGAGUGGGGAGGAGGCGUCAGGGGGUUCCGGCUUGAGCCAGCACGGUCUGCGGAACACAGUGCCCGACAUCAACAGCCAGGCGGCCAGUGAGGUGCGGAACCAGCGAUCCAUGUCAGCGCCUCCCGACAGCAACCGUACACCAACCCCACACAGGUUCGUUUCCAAAAUCGAGAUCAACCCUGUAAACCCUGCCACGGGGCAGACUGCGGCCGACAGUAAACCGCCGGUUCCACCCAGCAGCAAACCACAACAAAGCCCCAAUAUGCAGCAGCAACCUCAGCAUAAGACCUCCACCGUUCGACAUAUUCCGAUCUUUGUCGAGGGACGGGAUGAGCCGAUUUUGCCCAAAAAUGUUGACCAGGAGUAUAACAGUGUGCCUCAACCUCAACAACAACAACAGUGGCAACAACCGCAACAACAGUUUACAACUUCCCACCAGUUCCAGCCGCAGAGGAAGCCUUCUUCACAAGGGUUUCAACAACAGUUCCAACAACAGUCUGCGUCUCCUCCUCCUCCACCUCAACAACAGAUGCCUCGGCCUCGUGAUCAGACCGAUUCUGGGGUUCCACAACAACAGCAGCAGCAGCAACAACAACAGCCAGAACAGCCCAAGGUUGAUGUGAAUGAUCCCAUCUACAAGGUGCAGUUGAUUCAGAAGGAGGUGGACGCUCUGAGGCAGCAGAUUGAAGCGUUCAGUGGGAAAACACGUGCCGACAAGGAGUUCAUCUAUUUGGACGAAAUGUUGACGAGGAAUCUGUUGAAGUUGGACAAUAUCAGCACUGAAGGUAAGGAGAAUAUCAGGGCAGUCAGGAAGGAAGCUAUCAAUUCGGUGCAGAAAUGUAUCAGCUUGUUGGAGUCGAAGGUUGAUCAGCAGAAGAUGGAUGUGGAUAUCAAAGGGGAGGAUGAGGUGGUGAAAGAGGGAGGAGAGGAGGAGAAGGUGGAGGAGGCGACAGGGGGUGCUGGGGGGUCAGUUUCACCCCCGAAAGAAGAGGGUCCCGUGGAGAAAGUGCCUAAGACUGAUUCGCAGGAUAAUCCCAACGAGAUCAAGUGCUAGAGGGUGGGGCUUGUGAUAGUGAGACCUGUGGUGGUUAUUUUUGUUCGUUCAAGACUGUAUCUACUGUACAAACUACGUUUUUUUCCUAUGUUGCAAACUCUAGUUUUUGUUGAUAGGGAGAGACCAUAUUAGGCGUUUUUCAGAGCACCAAAGAGGUGUUUUUUUUCAGACCUGAUCGGAGAGCUUUCUCCUGCCCUGCCGACUAAAAAACGCUUAAUAUGGUCUCGCCCUUAUUGUCAACUAAUUUUCUAUUGAAAGGUUAUUAUACUUUGUGUUGAUUGGAAACUUGUUUGGCGAAUUUUUCUAUGGUUUGUAAUAUUUCCUGAUUGUAUUAUAUUGUGUGAUGUGUUGUAAUGAUAUAUAUAUUCAACCGCAGUUGAUGCGAUUAUUUGAAAAAGGAAAUUGGAUACAUUUUGUUACAGUAUUGUGGCAACUUUCCUUUUGUUACUGAUCAAUUUAUAACAAUGAAAUUUGUUGUAAAAUACAUCUUAUCGGAACUAACUUGCAAUAAUAGAUACUUAGUUUCUUCAAAUUCAAUUUGAAAUACAUACUACUAUGUAACAGUAUCAUUAUAGAUUGUCUUCCUAAUGACAUUUAUGAUAAUUUAUGUAAGGUGUUUACAUAAAUAUCAGAUGGAAACCAAUUUAGAAUAAUCCACACCACGUUUUGGUCAAGUUAAUAUUUAUAAAAAUUUUACAAAUUUUAUUACAGUAUUGUAGGAAUUCUUUAUAGUUUUUAUUGUAACUGUCUAAUAACUGAUGACUUUUUUCCUAUUGAAAAAUAUUCAUUUUGGAAUCCAAUUACUGAUAAUUUAUACCUUCUGGUACGUUCAUUUAUUAUUUUAUCAUAGUAAAUUUUCAGUUUUCAUAAUUCUAAAUUCAUGACUACCGGAAAGAAAUAUUUUUGUAUGAAGAUCUCAAGAUUGGACUAGUAUUAUGAGGUCAGUAAAUUUUGGAAUUAAGUACUAAAUGGCUAUAAAAAUAUUACAAUGUUACAAUUCAAAUUUUCUAGCUGAUGCAUAUUCAGUCUGUUGAAUAAACUUUUGCAGAUUACAUAAUACUUUUGCAUAAUAAAAUAACAUAAAUAGUAUGAAAUCGUUGUUCAUGUUCUAUUGAAUAUUUUUGAAAGUGUCUAGUAUAAUAUUAGAUGAAUGAGAAUAAUUAUAUUGAUAAAUUAUUAACAGUUGUCCGAAAUUGUAGUGUCUUAUUGAAAGGAUAUUCUAAUGUAGAUUGUAAAGCUGAGAAAAUUACAUGAUAUCGAUGCUAAAAAUUUUAGAAAAGUAUUAUACAUAUAGCCAGCUGUCUUUUGUGUAUUUUGAAGGGUAGCUUUAUAUUUGGAAAUUUUGUAAAAUUAAGCUUGCUAUAGAAGGAUACAGUUUUUAUCAUUUUUGAUCUCAGAUAUAAGCUCAUAUAUAAUGUCAAUAGUAAUAUUAUAUUGUAGCAUUUCCUGAGGAUUACACUUUUGUGCUUUUUUAUAAUCAGUCAAGAAUAUUUGGAUUUUUUCCUUCCAAAUAAACAUUGUAUUUAAAAAUUAUACAGAGAGUUUCUCAAUUUUCAAAUGUUUCAAGAUAUUCUACUCAAUUUUCAACUGAAAUAUUUCAUUUAAAAAUGUUACUAGAAGUUUCAAUUAUUGUCAAGUGUUUUAAGAUAAUCUGUCCAAAUUAUUAUAACUUCGAACACCUCAUAAAGCUGAAAGAUCGUUAACCGUAUAAAAAUGUAUAGCUAACAUAGAACAAUAUUGAUUUUUUUAACGAAUUGACUUCUACUGAUAUUUCUCUCAAUUUUUCGUUAUCUUCUUCAAAGUGUUACAACUGUUCACCAUAAUUGUUUUCUUCACUUUCAUUUUAAAUUACUUGAUGCUUAUAUCUUCAAUCUACUUAUAUCUUCAAUUUUGUUAAAAAUUGUAACAACAGUUAUCCAUAUUAUUUGUUUUCUUCUCUUUCAUUUUAAAUCACUUGAUGCUUAUCUCUAGUAGACUACGUUUAUAUUCUUCUCUAGAAUCUCUGGAAUGGCAGAAACUUUUUGAAGUUGUCAUUUGAACUUAGAAAGUCUUGUGCAAUUUGCGAUGAUUGUAGAAAAAACUUUGCACUAUUGCCAACUGAAAGCUAUCACUAGAUAGUCAUCGGUUGCCAAACUAAGUGCUUUAAUUAGCUUUCACUAAUUGCACCGGGGUAAUUGAUAUUUUCGGCAGAUGAUGUCAAUUAUCGUCGCCAUUUUGAAAUUUAUUAUGAUUUGUAAUAAUUGUAGCAGUUUUGAGACUCAUAAAGAUGUUAAAUGCCUUCAUCUUGAAAAUCUGAAAUGUUGUACUAUUUUAUUUCUCAAUGUUAAUCUGUUAGAAAUAGAUCCUUCUGACAGAAAAGCUGAAAUUUGAAAGAAAUUUUGACAGAAAUCUGAAAUUUGGUAUUAUCAUUAUUAUAUCAUUUAUCAUUAUCCUGUUAUUCUCAUUUUGACAGAAAUCUGAAAUUUGGUAUUAUUUUAUCAUUAUUAUCUAUCCUAAGAGAUGCUUGGUUAGCUGAGAAAUAUCUUAGUUUAAAUGCAUUAAUAUAGUUUGAUGACAGGCCUAUAUUAAUUGAUCAUUUAUGGUGUCAAUUAUACUAUUUUGUUAGUUGAAAUAGCCUUUAUUCAAAUGACUUUGAUAUUAUCUAUUUGCUUUAUAUUAAGCACAUUUUUGUUACUCAAAAGUUUGAAAGUAUUCAAACUAAUUAAACCCCGUUUAGAAAUUACUAAAAGAUUAAUCAUGCUUUCAAAAACAUUAAUGUAUUGAUGAUGAAUCAUUUAUAUAAUUGGUGACAUUCAUUAUUAUUCUUUUUUGCAUUUCAAAUUCUUAUUAAUGUAUGACUUUCACGAUUACUGUAUCAUAUUUGUAAUGAAAUUCAACUUUACAAUAAUUGUAUACUAUUUCUUGUCAAGUAUAUUUCAUCUAAAAUUCUCUGUAUUAUUUUAUCUUUACUGUUCUCUUUUACUACUUGAUUUUUUCAUUGAGUUAUCGUUUAAUCAAAAUUCAUUCAGUAACUAACCGUCCAACAAAUUAUUUUAGUAAAGGCCUAAUUUAACUAUUAUUGAUCGUAAUAAAUUAUUAAUUAUUAUUUUCAAAUUAUAUAAACGAGCAUCUAAAAAUUUCAGUUGGUUGAUAUUCAUCUAUAAUUGAUUACACUUAUAAUAAUUAUAAUACAACUAUGAUAAUAAUUAUAGUUAUAUAUUGUUUUGAGUUUAGAGCCUAAGUUCUGGAGAAUAGCUCGUAUAACCAAAGACUUUAUAAUUAUGUAAAUGACUGAAACAUAAUUUGAACUGUUGACAUGAAUAUAUUUGUGUAUCUAUGCGCGCCAUAUUUAAUGUUUUCAUGUAAACUAUUUUGUUAACUCAGAUAGUGUAUAAUAAAAUAUAAUUAUAAUAUGAUUA